GUACUUUGUUGUUAUUGACGAUGUGGACCGUCUAGAAGUGUGGCAGGCUAUAAAACGUGAAUUCCCUAAAGAAGGCCACGGCAGCAGAAUAAUUGUGACCACAAGCAUGCACUCUGUUGCGGCUGAAUGCAGCUGGGGCAGUCAUGUGUAUACAAUGCAAUGUUUGGACAAAGAUGAGUCAGAAAAAGUAUUCUGGGAAUCGGUUGGUAAAGAGAAUCAGACACCUGCCCUAGAGCGGGCUUCAGAAGGCAUCAUCACGAAAUGUGGAGGCUUACCUCUGGCGCUUAUCAGCGUAGCCAAUUAUUUGCGUCGACGAGGACGAACCGAGAGUCAAGUGGCAGGAGGACUCACAACAGAGCACUGCAAAAGUGCUGCCUGCACGCUCGGAGACAAGAUACUAAAAGGACAGGAUUCCGAGUUCUUGAAAAUCAAUAGAGCGCUUCUCCAGUGCUACAACAACCUUCCAGACUAUGCCCACCAGAGCUGCUUGCUUUAUGCCAGCGUGUUCCCCAGAGGCCGCCCAAUUAACAGCAAAGUUCUGCUUAGAAGAUGGAUGAGUGAAGAGUUUGCUGCACAUGGCACUGUCAGUGAUGAAGAAGGUGUCAGAAGUUGUUUACAGGCCUUCAUUGAGCGGUGUAUCGUUGAACCAGUAGAGAUAAAAAAUGCUAGGGUAGCCAGGUGCAGGGUUCACAGCAUAAUGCUCGAGUUCAUCAUCCACAAGGCCGUCUCAAAGAAAUUUGUUGCUCUGGUUGACAAGGAUGAGCUCCUGUCCAACAAUGGUACUAUCACCAAUGUUCGUGUCCGCGGACUCUCUGUUCAGGAUAGCACCAAGGAAGGAAUUGAUGAUGCUGUGUGUACUGCGAGGGGUAUUGACUUAUCUGUUAUUAGGUCACUAACAAUCUUCGGAAGCCCUCUUCUUGACCUCCGAGCCUGCGAGUUACUGCGAGUUCUAGAUCUUGAAGGUUGCAAAGGGGUAAACAAUGAUACUGUUCUUGAAGACAUAUGCAAGCAGCGGCUUCUCAAGUAUCUCAGCCUGAGGGGCACUGAUGUUGACCAUCUUCACCAAAAAAUAAAGCACCUAGUGCAUUUGGAAACACUGGAUAUUCGAGAGACAUCGGUGGAAGUCGUGGCCAUUGAGGUCAUCAGGCUACCACUGUUAGCUCACCUGUUUGGCCGUUUUGAGCUACCCCAUGGAAUCACCGAAGAAAUAUCAAAGCAAAGCAAAUUGCAGACUCUUGCUGGAGUCGUGGUUACUGAGGCAGACAAAAGUUUUGAAAACAUUAUACUUCAUGCCCGAAAACUGAGGAAGGUUAAGAUCUAUCAAGCAACAUCAUAUUCCUCCAACAGCUGCAAUAGACAGAUGAAUCCAGGUAGCAUUUCGCCCUUGCCGCUUAACGAGCGCUUCACCGGUAGCACAGCUCUCCAGAUUCUAUCAAUUGAUUCAAGUGACUUGUCUCAAGAGUUGAUAAGUUUCCUAAAGGCUCCCUGUGCAAUUACAUCUAUCAAACUACGGGGCCAGCUGGACAUAUUACCUGCUACUCCUACCUUAACGGAGCUGUCCGAUCUAAAUAGGCUACUACUUAUCUCAACUGGUUUGAGCAUUGAAGACUUAUCUGCACUGCAAAACUUACCUUGCUUGGAAUAUCUCAAGCUAGCAGAAGAAGAUGGGGAUGGGUUUCGGGGCAGCAGCUUCGUUGUGAAGAGUGGUGGAUUCCCAAGCCUGAGGCGACUGUGCUUCGAAGCCCCAAGGCUCCCACAAGUGCAAAUCGAACAAGGAUCCAUGAAGUCUCUCACCAUACUUGACCUACUUUGCCCAGAUCCAGUUAUUCGAGAGCCUCGUUUGGGAAGACAUCUCUGUAGUUUCAUUCAGCUGGAAACCAGGCUUGGUGUGGAAGGCGUAUCGUAUCUUGAGAAUCUCAAGGAGGUGAUCCUCCAUCACUCUAUGAGCGAGUCAAAAGUGCAAGCUUGGAAAGAGGAAGCGAUUGGGCACAACAACAAGCCAUCUGUGAAGAGGCAACCACAACCAACCAUCCAUGCGGCACGCCAUGAGAUGCAAGCAAGGAUCGACAAGAGGAAGAACCCGGACGGCGGAAAGGGCGAGAAAGAUGACAAGCUGAAGAAGAAGAAGUGAGACGACGACAAGUGACUUCGAUGCCAGGGAAGAUGUCAUGGGCGAAUUUGUUACGAGACUCAUUCCCAGCCCUCGGUGCUGGUGUAUUUUGUGUGCUGUCCAUCUGGCGCUGUUGACAGCCCAAUUUUAUUUCCCUUGCAGUAGAUAUCCUCUUAGAACUUUGUGCGAGUUCUUGCUAGCCUUGUCGGCGGCAAGUCUGUGCUAAACCUCUGUGUGGGGUGAACUUUAUGUCUGUUCCGUUAUGUCUGUUUCCCUUGCAGUGGUCUUC